AUGUCUUCUUCGAGCUCGUCAUCCGACGGUGUUCUUGAUGAUAUGGUUAUCGCCAUGGCGCAGGAGGCGAUUAAUUAUUUGCAAGAAGAAGCCGAAUCCUCUGCAUCGCGUACCAGACAACCGCCUAUUGAACGGAAUCGGUUGGCUGCUCAUGAACGUCUAGUGCAAGAUUAUUUUUGUGAAACUCCCGUGUACGAUGAUGUUCAGUUUAAGCGUAGGUUUCGUAUGAGCCGACGACUAUUCGUUAAAAUUUCCAAUGAUCUUGCGGGCGAAUCCCCUUUUUUCACGCAAAGGGUAAGUGCAAGUGGCAAAGUUGGUUUCUCUGGACUACAAAAGUGUACUGCAGCAAUUAGGCAACUAGGCUACGGCACAUCGAGUGAUGCCAAUAAUUUAUUAGGUGUAAUCUCUCUGUACGGGAGACGAUAUUUGAGGAUGCCAACCGCAGCCGACGUUCCAAUUCUAUACGAGGCCCAUCAGCGCUUACAUGGGUUUCCUAGAAUGUUGGGAAGUCUUGAUUGCAUGCACCGGGAAUGGGCGGCAUGCCCAACCGCUUGGAAAGGGCAACAUCAUCGUGGUGACCACGAUGGUCCUACCGUAAUAUUACAAGCGGUCGCUUCUCAAGAUUUAUGGAUUUGGCAUGCGUACUUUGGCAUGGCUGGUACGAACAAUGACAUUGCAUUUUUAAUGACCUCGAAUCUAUUCGACGAUGUCAUAGACGAUGUUGCACCAGAUACUUCAUUCUAUGCAAACGACGUGCAGUAUAAGUAUGGCUACUAUCUCACAGACGGUAUUUAUCCCGAGUGGGCGACGUUGGUAAAAAGUCUCUCGUGUCCAGAUGACGAAAAAAGAUUGUAUUUCAAGAAAAAAACAAGAGUCAGCAAGAAGAGAUAUCGAGCGGGCUUUCGGUGUGUUAAAGAAAAGAUGGUCUAUCAUCACCCAGCCGUCGAGGAUACUUGA